AUGGAGCUCAUCGUCGGCCCAGCGAGGCACCAGCCGUUCGACGACGACGGCACGGUGCCCUCGGACCACCUCCACAACUUCGAGCACGCGUCCAUCUCGCUCGCGCUGCUCGUCUACGCCGCGUCCGCCAUCCUCCUCGACCGCGCCGGCCGGGCGGCGCCUUGCCGGGACGCGGUGUCCCAGCUCGCCGCCGCCGCGGCGUUCGCGCAGGAGCUGAUGCUGUUCCACCUCCACUCGGCGGACCACGUGGGCGUGGAGGGCCAGUACCACCUCCUCCUGCAGGGCGUCGUCGCCGUCACGCUCGCCACGACGGUCCUCGGCGUCGCGGCGCCCCGGAGCUUCGCGGUGAGCCUGGUGCGGUCGGCGAGCCUGGUGCUCCAGGGCGUCUGGUUUGUGGCCAUGGGUGUCAUGCUGUGGACGCCCGCGCUCCUGCCCAAGGGAUGCGUCCUGAGCCACGAGGACGGGCACGACGUCGCGCGGUGCCGCGACGAAGGCGGCGCGCUCGCCCGCGCCAAAUCGCUCGUCAACCUGCAGUUCAGCUGGUACCUGUCCGCCACCGUCGUGCUCGUGGUCGCGCUCUACCUCCGGAUGUGCAGCCUCUACAAGGAGGAGCCGCGGUACGUGCCGCUGGUUAGGGAAACGACCAUGGAGAAGACGAUGAUGAUGGUGACGGCGAAGAAAACGACGUCGAGGCAGCGAAAGGCGGCUCAGGGCGUGUGCUCGGCGAAGCGAGGCCGAUGGAGAUAUCACGGCCAUAAGAGGGCCUAG